AGGUAAAAAUAAAUAAACAAAAAGUAGGAAGAAGCGGAGUCGUACGUCUUAUUAGUUUAAGAAUAAUUUGUAGUUGUAUAACUAAGGAAUGACGGAGCCUGAACUCGUUGCAGAUUUCUUUGGAGUUUAUUUAUUGUACAACAUAAAUCCCAAAUACAAGGGUCGUACAUACAUUGGCUACACCAGAGACCCAAACAGAAGGAUAAUGCAACACAACAGGGGAACGUGGGCUGGCGGUGCGCAUAGGACCAGUAAUAGAGGUCCAUGGAAAAUGGUUAUGAUUGUACACGGCUUCCCAAACAACAUAUCUGCUUUGAGGUUUGAAUGGGCCUGGCAGAACCCAACAAAGACAACAAGACUGCAACACCUAUCCCUAAAGAGAGUGCCCAGGAAGGAGACAGAGUUCCGCUUUCAGCUCCGAGUUGUCAGUGAAAUGCUUAGGGUUGGGCCAUGGUGUCGACUACCGCUCAUAGUCAGAUGGCUGGAGAAAGACUUUUAUGAAGAAUUUCCACCUGAAAGGGAACUUCCAAAUCACAUGAAAAUAUGCCAUGGACCAGUCAAGAGCAAGAACCUGACAAAACUCAAGGAGACCCAUGCUACCCACACAGAAUGCCUGAUAUGCUCCAGCUACAUUACCAGUCCCGAUUCUAAGCUAUCCUGCUUAAACCCUCACUGUGACCUGAUAUCUCACAUAACAUGUCUCGCCCAGUUAUUCUUAGAACCCACUGAAUUUGUCCCCGUACAAGGACAGUGUCCUUUCUGUGGUACAAUGCUUAAAUGGGGUGAUUUAAUAAGAAAGAUGAGAGGUUGUGGUCAGGUUACACUAAGCCAGGAAGAUGAUUAUGGUAGUAAUGAUGAUGAUGAAGUUUUGUCACAAGAUAGAGCGUUUGUUGAUAAUAAUUCCAUUUGGUUACAAGACUGUGAAGAGUUAUGACGAACAAUAUAUACUUAUGGGUGUUUCAUUACGUUUUUAUUUUUUCAAUGGGCGUUUAACCUCUGGGGGUCUAGCAAAGAAUACAAUCGUUCGCAGAGAAACGAAACGCUACUUGCCUCUAUUGCACUUAAAUGGAAGAGUGAUAGUGACAAUACCGUUUCGUUUUCAACAUAUAUGGGCGUAGGCAGGUACAGGCAGGCCUCCCCCUAGGGCUCCGGCGAUAUAUCAACUUGCAGAUGAAAAGUGCCGAUGCAGUCUAGGCCGGAACAAGCUUAUCUAAAAGAUGUCUAUUCACUCUCGAUUUAAGAUCCAAGUUAUAGUGGACUGGAAAUAGAUUUGCAGGAAGUGAAUUCCACUCCUUUCCUUAGCCGUUCGCAUGAUAAAGCUGGAUGCGUAGCGUUUAGUGCGAAUCAGUGGUAAAGUAACCACGUAAGGGUGAAACGCAAGUCCGCGUCUAGUCUCACCGGCAGAACGGAGAUGGGGGGAUAAGAUUAUGUAAUCCCAUCGCAUACUCCCCGAAAUAUAUCCUGUAGAAUACCGAUAAACAGGCUAUCUUUCUAUGGUGUUCUAGGCUCUGCAGUCUAGCCUCUACCAAUCUCGCAUCUCCAAUAAGCUUCCUAGCGCGUUUGUCUAUAGAAUCUAAGGCGGCUAGCUGAUACUUGGCGGAUCCAUCCUAAAGGUGGCUGCAAUACUCCAUACACGACCGGACUUGAGCUAUGUAAAGCUAAAGAAGCUGCCCCGGUGUGGUGUGAACGGGUUUUGGACCCGGGUAUGUCCUUAAACUAAGACCAAAAGAGAGGUAUGGGCAAUGUGAAUGUCAUCUCGCCUUGUGUGGUAGGGCACAGCACAUCAGAUGUCAUUCCAGAUCUAGAGCAGAGCCCAACUGGGGAAGUACCUCCACCUUACAGAAAACCGCAGCCAAAUAACACUUGACCCUACUCAUAGUGUUGUGUUCCUGCCGGUGAGUAAGGUUGCCAGAGCUCAACGAGGGGGGUGGGGUUAGGGUCGGCAACGCGCAUGUAACUCCUCUGGAGUUGCAGGUGUACAUAGGCUACGGAGACUGCUUACCAUCAGGCAGGCCGUAUGCUUGUUUGCCACCGACGUAGUAUAAAAAAAAAAAAUA